UAGUCUGUCGAGUUAAAGAAAACAAAUAAAUACUUUGAAGAUAAUUCUCGUUGGAUUAUAUUAAGAAUUAUCAUGUGAUAUCAUAAACGUAAUAGUCAUCAGUUUGGAUUCGCGGUUGCCGUGUACAGACGGCAGUGGUGUGUGUACGUAAUCUAAUUUGUUUUUCUUGAUAUUCUCCAGUGAAAUUAGUGAUUAAUCCCUUGUGGUGAUGAGUUAGUGACAAUAUGGGACAGAGUUCCAGUUCAGUGACAACUGGCAGACGUUUCUCGAGCACUUUAAAUAGAAUGGAAAGACAUAAUUCUAUUCGUAAUUUUUUGAGGCGGAGUACGAAAAAGAAAAGCAGGCUCAGUCACACGUUCAACUUGCCAUCAUCGAACGGCUCCGGGGGCUCCACAGAGUACCCGGAACAGAUGAAUGUGAACACAGCGACUGAGGAACAAUUAAUGACUUUGCCUGAUGUGAACAGGCAGUUGGCACAAGAGAUAGUACGACACAGGAAGAUGAUUGGAGGUUUCAAGAAAGUUGAUGACCUUGCACUUGUCUCAGGUUUAGGUGCUGAAAGACUAGAAUUAUUAAGACCCGAAAUAUGUGUGAAGAAACAGUUGUCUCGAGCGAGUUCAUGCACACACUCAUUAGAUAGCAUAAGGUUGCCUGGUGAAAGCAGAUUGUGUUCUGUCAACUCUUCCACUGUAUUCCAAUUACAAUGUGUACCUGGUCUUAAUCAAGAAUUAGCUGCAAAUAUAGUCGAUUAUAGAAAUAAAAAAGGACCCUUUAAGUCGCUGGACGAUUUAAUAAAAGUAAGAGGUGUGGACACAAAUAAAUUGUUGAUAGCUAAACAACAUUUGAGUUUAGAACUUCGAAAGUAUGAGAGUAUGCAGACAUUGUUAUAUAGAAAUGUGAAUGGCUGGACGGAGCCAGCGUCUUUAAGUGACAUAACACCAAAUGGUGGAAUCACCACACCAAAGAGUAGGUUAACGACCACAAGACUACCGAAUGGAUUCGCUACAGCGCCAGUCAAUGAUAUCCUGGAGUUACUCUCAGCGUAUUCGCAUAGACCGAUGCAAAGUGAGGCGUUCAAUUACGACAGAUACGGGGUCAGGUGUUGCCGGUUGGCGUCGUGGAACCUUCAUCAGCUCAGUUUAGACAAAAUAUUCAAUCCAGGAGUGAGAGAGGUAGUCUGUUUGACUAUUUUAGAAAACAAAUUAUCACUAAUAGCCAUACAAGAUGUGAUAGACAAGGGGGCCUUGAAAGAAAUCUGUGAUGAACUAAACUCGCCGGUGAUACGACGAGUACGAGAGUUUCAGUGCAAUAGUCGAAAUUGGGAAUACUGCAUACCUGAACAAACGGAAAGCGAUAAUUUAGGGUUUAUCUACGACGCCGGAGAUAGGGGUAUAAAGAUUGAGCAGUUAACCGGCGACCACCCGUGGUAUUCUCGGCCCGAGGCGAGCCACGUGCGGAGCAUAGUUGCGGAACUGUCAGCGCUGAGUACCGGGAGAUUUGCCAGCACGCCGCAAGCAUUCUUAGUCUGCGAGAGGCCAGUCAUCCUCUUUAACAUGCUCUGUACGGAACGACUCGGAGAUGACGACCGUGCGGCGCUUCAGCGAGCGGCAGAGUUGGCGCAGAGUUCAGACUUGCAGCUGGCGCUCAUUGGUGAAUUCUGUUCAUGGGACAAUGUUCAAUCUAUAACUACAUACGAGUCGCUACUUAACGAAGAUGUUACAACGAGCAUAAAUACCAAGAAUAUCAGCCGAAGUUCGAUAAUGUGUCCAGGACCUGUGGAGAAGACUAGUUUCAACGGGUACUCAGGCGUCAUCAAGUCUGGACUCUGCCAUUUGGCCAUACCACGUGACUGGUCCUGGGGUGGGCCGGCGUCACCAUUCUAUCCCAUAUGGGCAGAACUGAACGUCCCGGAUUGACAAACGAAGAUAAUGGACUACGGUAAAAAUAAUUUAGCUUAUUAUAUACAAUCAGUUGUGCUGAUUCAAUGCCUUGUAUUGGUGUUAUUACAAUUAUUCUAUUUCAAUUGAGGUUAGGCGGCCAUCUUUGUAUUUCAAAUUUGCCGCCAUUUUCAAACUUCGUCACAAUGAAUGAUUCCAUCGUGUGUCUUAAUUAUUAUAUCCUUCGUUUAGUGUUUGUGAUAUUUAAUUAAUGUAACACAUUUAUUUAUUGUUAUAAGUAAAAGAUCUAAGAGAAAUGUAGGUUAAUAUUUUUUUAUUAGCGUUCUUAUCAAGUAAUAGAAAUGUAUGGACGUUUACAGUCGAUACUAACAUAAUUUACUCUAAAAUAUUCUUCAUUACAUAUUGUAAUUUAUUGUUGACAAUUGUAUAGGUAUUUCACGCUCGUAAUAAUCCUAACAUUGUACUAUUGUUCUACAAAUAAUUUAUGCAUAUGCUAAGUACUUACUUAUAAGUAUUAAAUAUGUGCUUACCUAAAUGAUAAUAAACCUAAAUAUGUUUAAAUAGAUUUUGAAUGGAUUUGAUUACGUGGAUUAUCAUGUACAGAUUAACAAUUAUUUAUGAGAAACUUAGUACUGUUUAGAUUAUUAUUUUUAAUAAUACCGCGUAUUAUAUACUUAUUAAAAACUUAUCUUCCCGUUGAUAACUUUAAAGCAGCCAAAUUUUUAAUAAGUACUAAAGUCUAGCUACGGUGUACCUAGGUAUCAUUAAUUAGGUAGCUACAUAACAAGCCCCUCACUCACUUCAGCCCCACUAUUUAUAUUAAAACAUACUGUUUCGUAUCUAUUUAUAUAUCAUCAGAGAGAACAUUUCCACUGCAACGAUGCACACGGAAGAGACCGUUAGACGACGCCGGAUAUGUUAAUCAUAAUAUAAUAUAAAUCCUGUAUUAAUAUGCAUAAAACAUGAAUAGCGAGCUUCACCAACGGUCUCACUGUAAAGCUGCAAGUCUAAACAGGGCAAAUUGCUUGGCGCCCAUGACCUAUUUUGGGGUCACGGAUAGUCCAAUAAUAGUCAAUUGUGACCCCAACGGUGGGUCACGGAAAGUGAGUCUGUUGAACAGUGAAUACAUAUUAAUUUGUGCGUACAUAAAUGCAUUAUUUAAAAAAAAAACUGAGUGUGUAUUGUUUUUUUUAACAUUUCAAACAUGAAAGCGGACUGUAUGUUUUAGAAUCCUGUGCCUAUGCAUAUGACAAAUUAAAAAAAAAUUGACAGUUUACGACAUCCAAUGUCAAUUUUUUUUUUUAUAUUUGACCUUCCAAAUUUAAAUUGGGAAAAGCGUUGAAAAAAAUAUAUGUAUAUAGGAUAUAUCAUGCAUUUUGUUUUGUUUUCAUAAAUAAUUAAAGAUUUAUAAUGUUUUUAUUUUAUAUUUAGUAAAAUUAUUGUCUAUUUUAUGAGUUUAUCAAUUUUUGUGAUAAAUCGUUUAGAUCUCUACAAAUAUGAUGGUAAAUAUUUCGUGUUUUCACUUUUUUUAUGUAGUAUACUAGAUAGAUCAUUGUUUGUAGAACUUAAUUUGAUGCCGUCAUGUCCUUGUGACCUUACUUGCGUCCCAUAAUCGGAAAUUGUAAUGUAAUUUUAAUCUACUUGUACAUAUAUUUUGUUACAAUUGUUUUUUUUUUAAUUCUAGAAACAAUAUUAUUUAUACGUCUAAUGUUACCAGUCUGGUGUUCGGUAGUAUUUCUAGUAGUUACUUGUUUUUUUAGAACAUCACACGUUUUAUAAACAUGUUUUGUCUCUUUCAAGCAAAUUGUAUUCUUCAUUUGAAAGGAAGUGACAAAAGAUUGUAGUAGUGAAAAAUAUGUUUGUAGGAUGUUUUAGUUUUUAUAAUAAUUAGUUACGGUUAGUCGCAAAAGGUGUAUACUAAGAUAAAAGCCAAUAAUACUAUUCAUGAAAGAAAGAAGUAAUUUGAGAGAUAGAAAAUUAUAUUUAUAAUCUUCAUACGAACUGUACAAUAUAUGUAUAAUUAGCAUGAAUUUAAAAAAAAUAUAUAUUCACUUUAUUACAUGGGCAUAGUAGUUUAUUUUUUUUAAAGUUUCUUCGUAAUGGUAGAUUAUAGUAGUUGUUAUAUUACUGGUAUGACCUUUACGACUUGUCUGUACAUUAACCAAAACGAAAAUUUUAAUUUAUUAUAUCUAUAUACUUGAAGAACAUUCUGGAUAUUUAAAAUGAUUCUAAACAUAAAAAAUAGUCAUUAAAGAUUUGCUGGUAAUGUUUAUGGCGAAUUUAUGUUUUUAAUCUGUUUGUGUUAUGCCAUUUUUCGAAUGAUAAUUGAUUAUUUAAAAAAUGCUAAAUGCUUAGUGUUUGGCGUUUUGAAGUUAUUUCACCAAAAUCUAGUUUUUACACUAUGCAUGUUUUAGAAAGAGACCGCAAUUACGUUAUGUGCUUUUCCUUCUCAUUCUGUCAUAAAAAUAGCUUAAAGUUUCUGAUUCCAGUGGCUUCAGGCUGUGCAUUGAUAGGCUAGUGGAUUAGUCAGGACAAGACUUAUAAAUUACAUAGUAUAUUUAAUGAUUAAAUGAGAAUUUUAAAGGUGAUAACCAUACAAAGAUGCUAAUACCUAAAUAUUGAUGCUGUAGAUAAAAGGAAUCAGUGUUUCUAUCAAUAUCACUAUACUCUAUGUUACAUGUAUAGGGGUUAAUUUGCAUAACUUGUGAGACCUUGCGGUUUCACGUGUCGUUUAAUUUAAAAUAAUUAUCAGUCACCAUUGUCCCCUGACCUUCUAAAUUUUGUUUAU